AUGGAUCAGUUGGGACUGUAUCCUUGUUCCCGUAGAGACCCUCUCACAUUUGAAGAUCUGCUUCAAAAACUUCCUGAAUGUACUGUGGGUAAAUCCGGUCGAAUUAUUCGGAUAAGAGAAGAUCUCCGUGACAGUUUCGCACCCGCGAGUCAACCAGUAACAAUGAAACAAGUAGAUUUUACCAAUUCCUUGGAACAUAAGACUGAGAAUGAACAAUCGAUCCGGUUGGAAUUUGUAGCUUUACGAAUCCGAUCCGAAAAUGGUUCUUCUAUCUACAAUCUGAGAAUGUCCAUGACGGAUACAAUAGGUCAACUUUAUGCAUGUCUGAAUGCUGUUCGAGACGGAAUCCUUCCAUACAAACUGGUUACUGUGGGUCAAAGACGACCGGGGAGCGCCGAAACCGAACUCAAUUUAAAUUCCACAAACGUUUGUUACAGACGAGCACUGACAGACAUGAAUCAAACUUUGGAACAAGCAGGUCUUCAAGGCCGAACGUUACUGCGGAUGGAACGCAGUCAAGAUGCUAAAUUCUCACUGUGUCCGGCCUAUGCGAUGAAUAAUACCAUGUGGACUCCAUCCCGUUCGUUCGUUCCAGAGAAUUCAACCGGUUCGAAUCAACAAUGA